CUAAUUUACAAUUUUAUGCAGAAAAUUUCAAGUGACAAGGAUCUAGGUUGUUGGGAUGUAUUUCUGAAGAACCAUCGAUAUAAAAAAGAUCCCACAAAGUUUGUCUCCCCAGUAGCAGAACAAAUUGCAGCUGAUUAUGAAAGAAGUGUUACUGUACGAGACUCACAAGAGAAUGUUGAAGGUGCCAACAAAAAAUCUGAUGAUGAUAUCUACUUGGAGGUUGUUGGAGGUGUGAACACAAAGGGGAGGAUAUAUGGAUUGGGGCAACUAGCUGAAAAAUAUAAACGUUCUGCAACAACUGUUGACAUCUCACUUUCAGAGCAUGAGACCAUGAGGCAUCUUGUUUCUAAAUUAUCAGAUGAAAAUGCGAUGCUUAAGGAUCAAAUGAAGAGUUAUGAUGAGAAGUUUGAAUUCAUGCAGAGAUUCAUCAUUGAGAGAACCAGUCAAUGUCCUUCAACCUCUGCUAAUCCACCUACCAACCAGCAGAAUCCAGAUGAUGGUGAUGAUGAUAAUGAGUUUGAAGAUUAGUGUAAUGACCUUCCAUUACUACCAAACAUGUUCUGUUACUGAAGUUAUGUAUUUUGAUUUGUACUUUGGUGAUGUCUUUUAUGUUUGUGUUAUUGUACUAUGUUGUCUUUUAGAUUUGUGAUAUGAAUUGUACUGUGGUUAUGAAGACAGUGUCUAUUAUCUUAUAUAUGUUGACUUUAUGUCUUAAUAUGGAUGUGAAACUUUUAUUCGA